AUGGCUCGACCAUCUGAUGCCGUGUCGCCUGAAGCGCCUGUGGCGUCAAAACGACGCGCUUCAGCUAGGCUGUCGGCCGCCGAACCGGAGGUCAAACGGAUCAAGUCCAACACCGAUUUGAGUCUCCGCCAGGCCAGGUCCACAACCAGCAAGAGCAAGUACUUCGAAGCAGAGGACUCCGACCCAGAUUCCGAGCCCGAUUCCGAGCCCGAUUCCGAGUCUGGUGAGUCCGGGGGGGAGUCCGCCGAGUCUGUGUAUGAAGAAGCCAAAGACGAGUCGUCCUCAGCCGACGAAGCGGAGCCGGAGGAACUUUCCGAGAGCGAAGAGGACACCAAGAAGCCCACACGGGGCAAGAAACCGGCAACCGGCAACACCAACGCUUUGAAGAAGAAGGAACUCUGGCGCGAAGGCGUCAAGGUGGACUUGGAACCUGGACAGGAAGUUGUCAUCGCGAAGCCCAAGGCGCGGGACGCGGGGGACACCCCAUACGAGGAUGAGACUCUGCAUCCUAACACCAGACUUUUCCUCAUCGACUUGGCCGCCAACAACGACCGUCAAUGGUUGAAAGGUGCGUCAAUACCAUGCAGUAGGGGAGUGGCUGGCUGA